UUGUUAACGUUAUCGACCUAUGGCCCUUAAUCCGUUCAUACCCAGUCCAGACACACCUUCUUGGCCCUCACUUUACAACCCUCGAGAUGAACUGUUCCAAAUUCGUCGACUUGAACCUAAACAACUGGGGGCGAUUUAUCUCACCGAUGCCGGUGAUGUAUUCAACUUCACCUUCUACUGGACCUUGAUCUUCUACUUUCCAGCAUUUGCAAUCUGCGGCAUCUUUGCAUUCCUUAAUCUGACAUUCCCGCCUUCAAAAAGGUCAAAAGGUCCAAAGACGACAGCCAUAUCUCCCUCGAUACCAAUGUCCCAUUUAACCCCAUCGAACCGGCCAAAUUAUUAUCAGACCUUACGGUCGGAAGCUGGUGUAUCCCUUCUUGAACCUCCUCCCUCACCUAUUCCAUCCUGUCGAACUCGGCCACCCACACGAAAACCCAAAGAGCGUCGUUCACGCACAUUAUUUACUCUGAUCGUUCUUAUAACAUUCCUAUUAACAGGUCUGUUAGGUGCUAUCAUCAGCUCUGCAGUGAUUGGUUUUGUGUUAUUUGGGGUAUACAAGGCUGGAGGUUUUUACAUGAGUACUUGGGUACCGUUUGCUUGGGCAGCUGUCCAUGCGUUCAUUGGGAUCCUCAAUCUUUAUCCGUCUGUGAUUGCAUGGAUAUGACGAUGGGAACUUGAAAGGCCCAUGCUCGGGACCGAUGUAGCUGCCUUAAUCGCGGUUGUCGCUGUUAGUUUUGGUUGAACAUUAUUCAGUCAUCUGCGCCA